AUGAAGCCACGUGAUCACAGACAUCCCAUAACACGAAUACAUACUAUCUGUGAAAGACAAAAAAAAGCCGAAAAAAUCUCGGAAAUUCCGUCAGUUUCCGGCACUUCCGCAGAGCAAUGCCGCAGAGAAGCACCUCGUUCGGUGCCAACUGCACAACGUUUCUUGCCGAGACAACCGAAUCCACACGGCAGGCAAGCUUCUAAUGGGCGUGAAGCUAUACAAACAAUAAAAAAUAAGGUAAUAAAAUGGGCAUCGAUGAGUAAGUUGUUGGCCCCGCUAUAUUGGUAUUGCUGCCCAAAGAAACUGUGUAUUUGA